AUGUCUUCCCCGAGAGCUUCGUCCCCCGUCAACGCGCCGAGCACUGGCGUGAGCACCGGCCGCCCGUCCUCACCUCCUCCCCCUGGCGGCGCCAGGACUGCCAUCCGACGACGAGCCGCCGCCGACCAGAAGGAGAAGAUCGCCAAUGCCCGCCCCAGCAGCACAAGGGCGGCCGGCGCCGGCGGCAGCACCAGCACGAUGCUGCGCCUGUACACCGACGAGUCGCCCGGCCUGAAGGUCGACCCCGUCGUUGUCCUGGUUCUGUCUUUGGUCUUCAUCUUCAGCGUUGUCGCGUUACACAUCAUUGCCAAGAUCACUCGAAAGUUCUCCAGCUAG